AGCAGAAGAAGCAUGGCGAUGCUGACUACGCGGAGAAGCGGAACAAAAGAGAAAAGAGGGAGGAUGACAAGUUUUCUGGGGAACUGGUGCAUCGGACGCCUGUUAUAAAAAUAUCCUACAGCACUCCGCAAGGGAAGGGUGAAGUUGUGAAGAUCCCUUCCCGGGUUCAUGGCUCAGUCAAACCGUUUUGUCCAGAGCGUGUGUUGCAGAACGGAGGGGAGGACCAAGAGGAGACCAGAGACCCUGAACGAUGUCGAGAAACCAAAUGUUUAAUGGACAAGUCAGCAGGCAGCCAGCUCGCUUCCAUUCCAAAACUGAAGCUCACGCGGCCAGUGCAUCCCAGCACGGAUGUCCCGCCCCCAAAGAUACGGCUGAAGCCCCCUCGCAUGAACGACGGGCAGAACGUUUCCAUUUAUAAGGCGGAACUUAUCGACGAGAUAAACGUCCUUCAGAACAGCAGGGAGUCCAAUCCUGGCGCAAGUUUAGCGGAGAUAUCUUCAGGGAGUUCGGGUGAAGACGAUGACUUUAAAAGAUUUCCCCAAGGUAAAGAUGGACACGAUAACUUGGCUUUCCUUAUGAAUUACCGUAAAAGAAAAGCAGAUUCUUCUAGUUUAUCAGUGUGUAGUAAUGACAGUCUAGAUGAGUCCAAGUCUUCUAGCUCAGAGGUAACAUCACCAGAAAUGUGUGACUUUUUGCCUGGUGAUGACGCAUCCGUCUCUUCAUCUUCAAAAGAUGAGCGUAAAAUUGUGCCGCCACUGACGGUUAGACUGCAUACCCAAAGCGUGUCUAAAUGUGUCACGGAAGACGGACGAACUGUUUCAGUGGGGGACAUUGUUUGGGGCAAAAUUCAUGGUUUUCCGUGGUGGCCAGCACGUGUUCUUGACAUAAACCUUAGCCAGAAGGAAAACGGGGAACCUUCAUGGCGAGAAGCUAAAGUAUCGUGGUUUGGUUCUCCAACGACUUCAUUCUUAUCUGUUUCAAAACUCUCUCCUUUCUCUGAAUUUUUCAAACUGAGAUUUAAUCGCAAGAAGAAAGGGAUGUAUCGGAAAGCUAUCACAGAAGCCGCCAAGGCGGUAGAGCAUCUGACUCCAGAAAUACGAGAUCUCUUAACGCAGUUUGAGACAUAACUCGGCCUCCAGUAUCAGGUAACAGAAGACAAGAGCACAGCUGUUCUGCUAGAGGGUCACGAAGCCUGUAAACAUCCCGACAUGCUCCCCGGGGGAACCUGGAGACUGCCAAGCGUGUGGCAGGAGGAUGAGUUUCCCUGUCAGAUCACACUGCUCCUCAUCUGGGACAGGUGACGGGCACCGGCACUUGGAGUUAGGUGGCUCUUUUGGUGCGAGGCUGGCGGGAAAGUCUUAAGGACUUAGAAUGAGAAUUUGACAAGUCCUGUGGCAGUGAACUAGGAGAACAGCAAAAACCACAACUCGGAAUGUAUUUAUUACCUAAAAGUUAGCUAUUCUUGAUAAAAUCCCAAAAAUUAUUGCUGCUGCUUAUUUUACUUACAGAUUUCACACAUUUGUUCAUUUUAAAGCUACCAAACUUUUACUCAAUACUGUACUCGGAGAAAUGUAAUUGGAGCAGGACAUGCAAUAGAAUGAAAUCAUUGUAGUGUCUUAAGUACAAUGGACUCACUUUUGUGUCUAUUAAAACUUGGAAAAUGUGCAACAC